UGUGGCAGAGGAAAGGAAGAGGCUUUCAAGGGAGGGGUGAGGGGAGAUGCUGGGCCGGUGCAGCUGGCAGUGAGAGUCGCGGCCUCCACAGCAUGGUCCACUCCUCCAGCUGCUACCACCGCUGCUGCUGCUCCUGCUCGCUUGCCAGCCGGGGGGACAGGUUCCCAUGAGGAGGAAGAGAUGAGGUGGAGAAGUGGAGGCAUCAGCGGCCAGGGGCCCCGAGUCCGCCUCUGCUGAAUACCUCUGAGAAUCUGCUUCCAGCUGAAGGGCGCCACUUGCCCCCAAACCCCCUGGACGUCCUUGGGUGAGAUGGGUUGGACCAAUCACAGCUUUCAGGACUUGGGAGCCAGCAGUGCCUCCCCAGAGAGCCUCAGUCAGGUGCUCCCAGCAGGGAGCAGCACCACCCCGAAGCCAGAGAUGAGCCUCAGCGAAGCAGGCACGGCCAUCUCCGGAUCCGUCGGUGCCGUGGCCCUCGGCUUGCUCCUGGUGGCUGCCUCCAUCGUGGUCUUGAAGAAAUGGAGGCGCGAGAGGCUAUUUAGGAAACAACUGAGACGUCGGACCAAUUUCCUCCAUGAAUCUCCGGACUUCCCCUGCCAAACCGAGCCUGUGUACUGCAACGUGAUCAACCUGGCCCCCGGGAAGGAGGGCGACUUCGCCAUCUAUGCCAACAUGCCCCGCUUCGAUGGCCCCGGGAGGGUGCCGACAGACCACGUGGAAUACGCCUCCGUUGUGUUCCGCUGAUGAGACCUGGGGCGCGCGGAGCGGCAGGGACAGUACAGGGGUCCGGACACCACUCUCGC